UCUCUCUCUCUCUCUCUCUCUCUCUCUCUCUCUCUAAAACAGCCAUGGGAAGAGGUGGCGAGAAGCUUGCCAAACUUAAGUCGGUCCUCAAGAAGCUCAACUCCUUUGGCCACCAAAACAGACGCCACGCCAUUAACUCAGCGCCCGCAUUCGCUUCAUCGGACAACGGCGACUCUUCGUCUUUGUCGUCCUCCUCCACAGACCUCUGCCCCGUCUACGUCGGCCAGUCGCGGCGGCGCUACCUCGUGGGCUCCGCUGUCGCCCGCCACCCUCUGUUCCGCGAGCUCGCCGCACGUUCCAGCAACGGCGUGCCAUCACCUGACUCCUCCCCCUCCCUCCCCCUCCCCUCCCCCUCCCCCGGCGAAGACUCGUCCCUCAGCAUCGCGUGCGAGGUGGUCCUGUUCGAGCACUUGCUGUGGAUGCUCGAGAACGCCGAGUCGCGGCCCGAACCGCUGGAUGAGUUGGUCGAGUUCUACGCUUACUGAGGGAGACGAAGAUGCAUGCAUGGCGAUGUCGAAAGGGAUAACAUUCGAUUUGGUCAAGAGAUUGGAGGCCAUUUAUAAGCUGUAAUAACUUCGUUUAUUCUAUUCUAAUCUUAAAUAUGGAGGAGAGAGAUUCCUCACGGAGGGACGUUGCUGCAGUCAUGUUCAAAUAUGAACUAUGCGUUUGGAUUUUCAAUGA